AUUCUUUCUUCUUCUUUUGACUAGUUGUACUUUUACAGGCUCUCUCUCUCUAAAACUCUUUAUCUCUCCUCUGUCUCCUCCACCCCCCGCUUCGGCGACGCCGCCGGAACCCACAUUCUUCGCCGGAAAUCCUCGAAAUACCUUAUUCUAACCCUUCUAACCAAGGCCUUUCGACCGGGUUACUGCGGACGGGGUUGAAGUCGCUGCAUGAGUUGAAGAAGCUGUGUCUUUGACUUAGAAUUGUGAAUGGGGUUACUGGGUUUUGGGUUUCUGUGAAGAGGAACAGAUCCGCGAAGGUUUUUGGCAUUCUAUAGCGCGAAUAAGAAGUGGGUUUUGAUUUUCAGAGAGAGAAAGUGAAGAGAGAAAGAAAGAGAGAGAGAGUGAGUGAGGUUGUGGAUUAUGAUGUACGGAACUUUGUGCAUCGAUCGCAGAGGGUGGUGGUGUUUCGGUGAAUCUCUCACAUGGAAUGGCAGAUCUUGUUAGCUACAGGAAUGCCGACCGUGACAUCGACCGAGCCUUGAUUGCUUUGAAAAAGGGUGCUCAACUGCUUAAAUAUGGUCGUAAGGGAAAACCUAAGUUUUGUCCAUUUAGACUUUCCAAUGAUGAAUUAUCUUUAAUCUGGAUUUCAAGUAGUGGAGAAAGAAGUUUGAAGCUAUCAUCCGUCUCAAGAAUUAUUCCUGGACAAAGAACUGCUGUUUUCCAACGAUAUCUACGUCCUGAGAAGGACUAUCUGUCUUUUUCACUUAUUUAUAACAACGGCAAGCGAUCCCUUGAUCUGAUUUGCAAGGAUAAAGUUGAGGCAGAGGUGUGGAUUGCUGGUCUCAAGGGAUUGAUAUCUUCUGGUCAAGGUGGGCGUUCCAAAAUUGAUGGAUGGAGUGAUGGAGGCCUAUAUCUUGAUGAUAGUAGAGAAUUGACAUCAAAUAGUCCUAGUGAAAGUUCAGUUAGUGCUUCACGUGACAUCAGUUCUCCUGACGUUUCUGUUAGUCAGCCAAACACGUCUCCAAAUUCCUUUCAGUCAGAGAAUACCUUAAAUUUUGAAAGGUCACAUGCACUAUCAAAUCCAUUAAAUAUGCAAGUGAAAGGAUCUAGUUCAGAUGUUUUUCGUGUUAGUGUCUCAAGUGCCCCCAGCACAUCCAGUCAUGGGUCUGCACCUGAUGAUUAUGAUGCUCUUGGGGAUGUAUACAUAUGGGGGGAGGUUAUCUGUGAGAAUACUGUGAAAGUUGGUGCUGAUAAAAAUGCCAGUUAUUUUAGUCCUAGGGCAGAUAUUCUCCUCCCCAGGCCACUGGAGUCCAAUGUGGUCUUAGAUGUGCUUCAAAUAGCAUGUGGUGUAAAGCAUGCUGCUCUGGUGACAAGGCAAGGUGAACUUUUUACUUGGGGUGAAGAAUCCGGAGGAAGGCUUGGCCAUGGUGUUGGGAAGAAUGUGGUUCAACCUCGUCUAGUUGAAGCAUUGGUUUCUACAACUGUUGAUUUUGUUGCCUGUGGAGAAUUCCAUUCCUGUGCUGUUACCAUGGCUGGGGAACUAUAUACAUGGGGUGAUGGUACACAUAAUGCUGGCCUUCUUGGUCAUGGCACUGAUGUUAGUCAUUGGAUACCAAAGAGAAUUUCAGGUCCACUAGAGGGCCUUCAAGUUGCUAUAGUCACUUGUGGUCCAUGGCACACAGCCCUGAUAACUUCAACCGGGCAGCUCUUUACAUUUGGUGAUGGAACAUUUGGUGUCCUGGGCCAUGGAGACCGGGAAAGUGUUUCAUAUCCUAGGGAAGUAGAAUCCUUGUCUGGGUUGAGGACAAUAGCUGUUGCAUGUGGAGUGUGGCACACUGCAGCUGUUGUAGAGGUUAUUGUGACACAAUCAAGUGCAAGUUUAUCGUCUGGUAAGUUGUUUACUUGGGGUGAUGGAGAUAAAAAUCGCCUUGGACAUGGAGACAAGGAGGCCCGGCUUGAACCAACUUGUGUCCCUUCACUUAUUGAUUAUAAUUUCCAUAGAAUUGCUUGUGGGCACAGUUUGACAGUAGGUCUGACUACGUCUGGACAUGUUUUUACAAUGGGAAGCACUGUUUAUGGUCAACUUGGGAAUCCCCAGUCUGAUGGAAAGCUGCCCUGUUUGGUUGAAGACAAGCUUGCAGGAGAAUCUGUUGAAGAAAUUGCUUGUGGGGCUUAUCAUGUUACUGUUUUAACAUCCAAAAAUGAAGUUUACACUUGGGGAAAGGGUGCAAAUGGGAGAUUGGGUCAUGGAGAUGUUGAGGAUCGAAAAACACCAACUUUGGUUGAAGCCUUGAAGGAUAGACAUGUGAAAUAUAUUGCAUGUGGUUCAAACUACUCUGCUGCUAUAUGCCUUCAUAAGUGGGUAUCUGGUGCUGAGCAGUCUCAAUGCUCUGCUUGUAGACAGGCAUUUGGGUUCACUAGAAAGAGGCACAACUGUUAUAAUUGUGGACUCGUGCACUGCCAUGCAUGUAGUUCUAGGAAAGCAUUAAGAGCUGCCCUGGCUCCUAAUCCUGGGAAGCCAUAUCGUGUUUGUGAUUCUUGUUAUGUAAAAUUGAACAAGGUUGCAGAAUCUGGCAAUAAUAAUCGGAGGAAUGCCAUGCCUCGUUUGUCAGGUGAAAACAAGGACAGAUUAGAAAAGUCUGAGCUAAGAUUGUCAAAGACAGCCGUUCCUUCUAAUAUGGAUUUGAUUAAGCAGUUAGAUAGUAAGGCAGCCAAACAGGGGAAGAAGGCUGAUACAUUCUCGCUGGCUCGUGCCUCACAAGCACCAUCUUUGCUACAGCUCAAAGAUGUUGUCUUGUCUACUGCUAUUGAUCUGAAGCGAACAGCUCCAAGACCUGUUCUUACAUCAUCUGGAGUGAGUUCCAGGUCUGUGUCCCCUUUCUCUAGAAGACCAAGCCCACCUCGUUCAGCUACACCUAUUCCAACAACAUCAGGACUUUCCUUCUCAAAAAGCAUUGCUGAUAGUUUAAAGAAAACAAACGAACUUUUGAAUCAAGAAGUGCUGAAGUUACGUGCUCAGGUUGAGACCUUGAGUCAGAGAUGUGAACUGCAAGAAUUAGAGCUUCAAAGGUCAGCAAAAAAGACUCAGGAAGCUAUGGCACUAGCUGCUGACGAAUCUGCCAAAUCUAAGGCUGCAAAAGAAGUUAUAAAGUCACUCACAGCACAGCUCAAGGAUCUGGCUGAGAGGCUUCCUCCUGGUGUCUAUGAUGCCGAGAACAUCAGACCAGCUUACCUGCCAAAUGGUCAGGAGCCAAAUGGCAUCCACUAUCCAGACUUAAAUGGGGAACGCUACACCAGAGCCGAGUCAAUUAGUGGCUCUAGUUUGGCUUCCAUAGGAUUUGAAGCCUCUCUGAUGAAUAGAACUGAGGGUACUUUGCAUGGAAGCUAUGGAACUAAUCUGAACCAGCAAAUUCGGGGGGUAGUUACCUCAAAUGGCACAGAUGAUUACCCUGAUGUUAAAUUACCAAAUGGCAGUGGUGCAAUUCAGACAGGCAGCAGUAUUAUGUCAGAUACUGUUGAUGGUAGGGAUUCUGGGAAUUUCCAAGACGAUGAGAACGGUUUGAGAUCAAGGAAUGCAGCAUCGCCUGCUAAUAACAGUCAAAUUGAGGCAGAAUGGAUUGAACAAUACGAACCUGGUGUCUAUAUAACACUGGUCGCCCUGCGUGAUGGAACAAGAGACCUGAAGCGAGUGCGUUUCAGCCGGAGAAGAUUUGGUGAGCACCAAGCAGAGACUUGGUGGUCAGAGAACCGCGAUAAGGUAUACGAAAGGUACAAUGUUCGUAGCACUGACAAGUCUGCCAGCCAGGCGGCCCAUAGGGCUGAGGGUGCCAGUUCACCUGUUUUAUAAUCUUAGGGAAGUAGGUGGAGGGAAGUUCUCCAUUAACACUUUUUGUUGCAGUGAGCUUUGUAGGAAAUCAGAAAUGAAUAUGAAGGAACCAGGCACCCUUUUUGAGUUUUGUUGUCUAUCCUUUUUCUAUCUUCAAUCUUUUUGUUCUCUCACCUUUUCUCUAUGUUAAAUGUCUUCCAUUUUUAUUUGGGCAGGUGCCCUUUACAUAUCUGUUGUAUUGUAGUGUAUAUAAAAUCAUCAAUUGAGAUAACCUUCCUUUUUUCUUGGUUUUUUGUCCCUGUGCACCCUUUUUCUUACCUCAAUAUGUAUACCUCAGGAAUAAAAUGUAUGCGUGGUGAUAUUUGUUGUAAAUUAUUAUUUAAUUACUGCAAGGAGUACUUCUUGUGCUCAAUGUGAAACAAUGUUCCCAGUUAUGAAAAGCACUUGUAGGCUUGUAGCUAUCAUCGCCAAGAGAAAACAUGUGUAAGCACUGCUCUUACUAAUAGAUGUGAAAGUUUGCAC